AACGUUACAACAAGAAUACUUACAGGGUGGCGUCAUACUGCGCAUGUGAGAUAAGGUUGACAACAGCUCGUUUACAAACUAUACUUUGUUGCACAUUGCUCGGAGGCGGAUCCGAAAGAGAAAAUAGUGUGAGUUUGUGAUAACUUUAAAAGAGUCGUUAAAGUAGCACUGUAAAAGGUACUCGCGAUAUUUUUUCACGUCGAAAAUGUUUUCACUUGCAUCACUGUUAGUGUUAGGAUUUGUAGCGCUAACUAACUCUCAAUAUCAACCUACAUGGAAGUCUAUAGACAGCCGACCUUUACCAUCUUGGUAUGAUGAUAGUAAAGUGGGAAUAUUCAUCCAUUGGGGGGUGUUUUCUGUACCCAGUUUUGGUUCAGAAUGGUUCUGGGAACAGUGGCAACAAAGGAAAUUGAAACCCUUUGUAGAUUUUAUGGAUAGGAACUAUAAACCAAAUUUCACUUAUGCAGCCUUUGCCCCAAGUUUUACUUGCGAAUUCUAUGAUCCAGAACAAUGGGCUGAUAUUUUUAAUGCAUCAGGAGCGAGAUAUGUUGUACUGACCAGUAAGCAUCAUGAGGGAUACACGCUGUGGCCCUCAAAAGUCUCCUGGAAUUGGAAUGCUGUGGAUGUUGGACCGAAACGUGACCUACUAGGUGAUCUGGCGAAUGCAAUUAGAAAGAAGACUAAUAUUCGCUUUGGAGUCUAUCACUCUCUUUUUGAAUGGUUCCAUCCUUUGUAUCUGUAUGAUAAAAGUAAUGAUUGGAAAUCACAACUCUUUGUAAAGGCCAAGACUAUGCCUGAAUUGAUAGAAUUGGUGAACAUAUAUAAACCUGAAGUUAUCUGGUCAGAUGGAGACUGGGAGGCUCCAGACACGUACUGGAACAGUAGAGGUUUUCUUGCAUGGCUUUACAACAAGAGUCCAGUGAAGAACACUGUUGUGGUCAAUGAUCGCUGGGGUUCAGGCAUUGCUUGUCAUCAUGGUGGUUUCUUCACUUGUCAGGAUAAAUAUAAUCCUGGCAAAUUACAAAAUCGUAAGUGGGAAGAUGCCAUGACAUUAGACAAGAGUUCUUGGGGCUACCGAAGAACUGCUAAUUUGGAAGACUACUUGAGUAUGGAAGAGUUGGUUAGUACUCUAGCUGAAACUGUGAGUUGUGGAGGAAAUAUUCUGAUUAAUGUUGGUCCCACUCAUGAUGGUAGAAUCAUACCAAUUUUUGAAGAAAGACUUCGAAACCUCGGAAAAUGGUUAAGUGUAAAUGGUGAAGCCGUUUAUGAAAGUCGACCUUGGACCUAUCAAAAUGACACAGUUACACCGAAUAUAUGGUACACAAAAGGAGGGAAGAAUGCUGUUGUUCCUUCUGUGUAUGUAUUUGUGUUGAAUUGGCCAAAGAACAAUCAGCUUUAUUUAGGAGCACCAGUCUUGAAUAGCAAUUCCAAAAUCUCAAUGCUUGGGGUGAAAGAUAUUCUGGACUUUAAAAAGGAUGCAACAGGAGGAAUAAUGAUAUAUUUUCCACAGUUGACUCCAGAUGUCCUUCCAUGUCAAUGGGCCUGGGUGUUAAAGAUGCAAGGUGUGGUGAACUACCAAUGAUAGUAAAGUUGAUUCAAGUGAAAAUUAUAAAUAAAUAAAUAGUCUUAAAUAUAUAAUAAAUAAAUAACAUUGUGUUAUUAAUCAUCACCCUAAGAAUUUGAUAAGUAAAUAACUUAAAGAAACUCGAUAAUAACUACAACUAAAUUACUUAAUCUAGUUCACACUGUAACAAUUGUUCAUGAAAGUUGAUGCUAUACAUAGCACCUAGACCCACGACUAUGUACGUUGUAUCCCAAAUCAACAUAAUUCGGAAUUCUGAUUGGCACAUUCUAACAUACUAGCAGAUGCAGGCUAAAAUAAUUCAAUGGUAAAUUUCCUAAAGAUAGUGAUGAAUAAAUAAAAAAUGUGCAGUCAACCCAAUGCCUUGGAUCAAAGCAUAUAUGCAAUAUGAUUGUCUAGUGGGCCAUUUACAACUGUAUUUGUCAUUCCAUGUGUUGAUUCAAUAAGAAAAAUUGAAUUGCAUUUUUUUUUAAGCAAAGGAGACUGCUUGCAAUGCAGUGUUGGCUAAAAUGUUUGUUUUUUGAUGCAAUGGGUGCAUGCAGCAUAAUAGAGCACUCAAAUUCGCUAAGGAGCUGCAGGGAUUUUUUCUGCUGAAUGCCACUGUUCCUUGUAUUUUUACUGAGCGCAAAGAAAGACUGCUACCAAAGUGAGUGCUUUUUGACAAUUUUCAUUUCUAUAAGAUGUAUCAAAGAGGGAGAUAUUGAUUUUAAUUCAAAUCAAUUUAUUCAACAUGGUACAAUAAAAUCAUGCAUGUAUAUAAUACAAACAUGAAAAAAAAAUUUUCAUUAACGAACAACAACCACACAUAACAGAGGAAGUCCAAUUUUUUUUGUGAAAUUCCCUCAUGAAAAGAAACAUUCUUGUUCCAGACGAGUUUUUCUUAGACUGGCUGUUCAGCACAUACAAAUACUGACAAAAUCAUGUUGAAAUCAAUAUGAAAUUUUAGAAGUUGCAAAAAAUUAAUAAUUUUUCUGUAAUAUCCUUUUAAAGAAGCAUUUUGAUAUAUUGUUUUUAUAAGAUUAACCAUUCAGGAGAUACAAAGCAUGACAGACAUUUCACUAUUAUAAUACUCAUAACUUAGAAUAGAAAGAAGUUAAGGUGCAGAUUGUAAAUUUGUGUAUCAAGUGCACAUGUUAAGAUAUAUUAAUGUAUUUUUUGAUAUUUCUUUUUGUCGUGAUUUGUAAGAGAGAUAAAUUAAUUGCCUGCUCUGUAAGUUUCAUACAAUUAAAGAAGUUGUAAAACCAGAUUUAAAGAAUAAACUACAAUUAGUGAGUUUCA